AUGAUCGAGAGAGGAGGUAUAGGACCAUGGGAUUCGUACCAAGCCGGCCUGGUCCCCACUAUCCCCUGUAUGCCAAUAUCCCAUGCCGAUGCCAUUCCCAUUCUCACCGCAUUAAAUGGUCACGGUCCAUCAGCUUCUGACCUAAAUAACCGAUGGAAGGGCGGAGGACUCGCAAUCCGUGGCGUCCACUAUAAUGUGGGGCCAUCACCUCCCGCAAUUUCGCUCCAGCUUCGCACCGAGGCAUUCCUGCACACUGGCCGAGUGCACAACGUGAUCGGUAGGAUACCUGGUGACUCUGAUGAAACUGUUAUCCUCGGUAAUCAUCGGGAUGCUUGGGGCCCCGGUGCCGGUGACCCCAAUAGUGGAUCGGCAGCUUUAAACGAGGUCGUUCGGAGCUUUGGAGUACCACUCCGCCAUGGCUGGCGACCUCGCCGCACUAUCAUUGUAGCCAGUUGGGAGGGCGAAGAGAUCGGGCAACUUGGAUCCAUACCUUGGAUUAACGAGCAUUUUGAGUGGCUGAAUGCUACUACUGUCGCUUAUUUAAAUGUUGUCGUGGCCGGUGCGGGACGAAAGUUCCAUGUCAAAGCGAGCCCCCUGCUGUACAGAACGGCGCUGAAUGCGAUGCAGCAGGUGCAGUCACCAAACCAGACAAUGAGUGGUCAAUCAGUUUUCGAAAUUUGGAACGAGAUAGGGGCAGGAAUCAUAGGCACCCCGGGCGGGGGUGAUGCCAUCCGAUUUCAAGGUCUGGUGUGUGCUCCGACUGUCGAUUUUGGAUUCUCUCAAGGCUUGGGAGAUAAUGUCUUCCCUUAUCACUCAGGAUUCGAUAACUUCCAGUGUUUGAACCAAUUUGGGGACCCCGGUUGGGCAUAUCAUCUAACUAGCACUAAACUCUGGUCGCUAAUGGUGGCACAUCUAUCGGAAUCGCCUAUUCUGGACAUGAAGGCUACUGAUUACGCCAUAGCCUUGGAAAUAUGGGUUAAAGAUCUUUUCAUGGAACAGUCAUGGUCCGAGCAAUGUGAUCCAGAACCACUUUACAGUGCAGUAGCCCGCCUCGGCCAAGCCGCGAAAAGAUUUGACCACGAGGUGGCGUCGCUGGUUUCGCAGCCACAUCCUUGGUGGAACUCUUGGUUCGACCGCAAGUUGAGAGCAGCGAUCGACGCAGCCAAUCAGCGAUACAUUCGACUUGAAAGAACAUUCUAUCAUGAUUCCGGAGUUGAUGAUCGUUCCUCGUUUCAUCAUGUCUUGUAUGCGGCAGCCCCGUGGCAUACGGAGAAGCCACCCUUGCCCGGGCUACAUGAGAGCCUAGAAGCGGGUCUAUGGACUAAUGCAGUGAUGUGGCGAGAUGUUGUGACUGACAAAAUCAUCGAUGCUGCAAUUUUGCUGGAGAAUUACGAUAACUCGGGGCUGUAG